AUGACGAAUAAUCGCAUACGUUAUUUGAUAAUUGCUGUUGGUAUUGGCUUUAUAUUACUCCUUAUCAUAGGUGCAAUUUACUAUUUAGUUCAUCGUCGUGAACGUAAAGUAAUUGAUAAUGAUUCAUGUCCUCGACCACAACAAUACGCAACUGAUUAUGAUUUUGAUUAUACAAAAAAAUCUCAUGAAUAUCGCAAUACAAAUAGUUCAAUAGAUUAUUUUCGUUUAAGUAUUUCAUGGUCACCAACAUAUUGUAAUGAACAAAAACAUGCUAAAAAAUCAUUUCAAUGUCAACACUCAUUUGGUUUUAUUGUUCAUGGUUUAUGGCCAAGUACAAUGAAAAAAAAUAAUAGUUUACAUUCAGUUCAUUCACAUCCAAGAAAUUGUCGUAAUGAAAAACCAAUACCUAUUGAUAUUAUUCGAAAAUAUUUUUGUAUGAUGCCUUCAGAAAUUUUAAUGCAAGCUGAAUGGGAAAAACAUGGUACAUGUUAUUGGCAAAAACCUGAAGAUUAUUUUGAACAAAUCAAUAGUCUCUAUUCAAAAAUACAUUUACCUAAAAAUACAAAUGAAAUUUUAAAUAAUUCAACAAUUUCGAAACGUGAAAGUAUUCAGAAAAGUUUACUCAAUAUAAAUUCACAAUUAACAUCUGAAUAUAUUGAUAUUGUCAUGAUUAAAGAAAAAAAAUUAAAAGAAAUUGCUUUUUGUUAUAAUCAUUCUUUUAAUUAUAUAACAUGUAAUCGACAUAUUUGA